UCCCUCUCCUUCGAGCUGGAACUAAACACCGACGAGUUCGACAUGCCGUGCCAUGAAAUCGUCUACGAAGAUAAGGGCAAGAUAAAGAAGUGGAAUCGCCUCUCCAAGAAGAAUCGCGGACCUGCCACAGGCUGCACGGCUGGGGCAGGCAGUAAGUCGGCGGGCAACAGUCCCACUGAAACGCUGCAGCAACAAAUUGAUGCAGGCUUUCUGAUGCACCUGGAGGAGCUCAAAGAGUUUCUUAUGCUGGAGAAGAAUCUCACCCAGGAGGGACUAUUUCGCAAGACAGGAGCCGUUUCCAGGCAGAACGAGCUACGAAUGCACAUACAGCCCGACCAGCCCUUGGAUUUGGAACUGACAGGAUUCUCGGCUCACGACUGUGCCACUGUUUUUAAGAGCUUUCUGGCCGAGCUGCCAGAGCCUUUGCUUACAGACGCCCACUAUCCAGCACAUCUUCAGAUAGCGCCGCUUAGCCAGGCAUUAAUGGGGGUCAGGUGGCGGCUACCGCAGAGCGCCAACAACAUCUCAACUCGGUGCAGCUGCUCCUUCUCCUGCUCCCCGAAGAGCAUCGCGAGUUACUGCAGCACAUUAUUAAAAUGCUCCAUUCGGUGGCAGCGCGUGAGGAGAAGUUCUUCGAAGUUCCCGGAAAGCUAGCCACCGAUAUUCGGGCGUACUUUCUUGAGCGCAAACGCAAAAAAACCAUGUCACCGGAGCAAACCCUUGAAGAAUCUAUCUCGGACGACUCGACGGUCAACACGGUGUACACUUUUGUAGAUCGUGCCGCCACGGCAGCGGCAAACAACAGCAAUUACACGGACACUGCACUGGCGCAGCUGUACGCGCACAUUAACAUUCACAUUCAC